CUGAAAAAGAGAAACACCCACAAAGCAAAGAUAUCAGGCAAACAGUCCCUAGUAUUUGUCUAUCUUCAUUCGAACUUGGAACCCUAACUAGAAAGAAAAAACAUUUCUCUCAAAUGACGAAUCUGUGAACCAAUCGUAUAAGAUUUGCUUCCUUGGAUCCAUUUGAAGAAAUCCCAGUACUCUAUUUCUGCUUCAGAUUCGUCAAAUAAUGAUCUUGUCGAGGCUUGGCCGCUCUCUGUCACGAUCCUCUGCUGCAAAAUCACGGAACGUGUUAUCUGGUGGUAAUGUUGGAAGAUCGGCGUUUUUGAACGAAGCCCUUUCCAGGGCACCGCAUUACAGUACCGACCUGGGUCAACUGGAUGGUGGUUUAGGGUUUUUGAGGGGAUAUUUAACUUCCAUUGGAGCGAGCAGAGGGUUCGUCGGGAAGUCGUAUUUAUCUGAUUUGAAUUUUGUUCUUGCGAACCCGAGAAUCCGAAGGUUUUUAUCGAGUGAAGCCCCUAAGAAGAAGAAUUAUGAGAAUUUUUAUCCAAAAAAUAAGAAGGAAACCCCAAAAGGGGAAGAGCAGAAGUCAGAGUCAAAAGAGGAUUCAAACACAGAUGAUCAAGGAAAUUUUCAGGAAACUUUCAUGAAGCAGCUUCAAAAUGUCCUAACUCCUUUGUUGGUGAUUGGGCUGUUUCUUUCAUCCUUCUCUUUUGGUCCACAUGAACAGAAGCAGAUUAGUUUCCAAGAGUUUAAAAACAAGCUUCUGGAACCAGGUUUGGUGGACCACAUAGUUGUUUCUAAUAAAUCAGUUGCAAAGGUGUAUGUAAGGGGCUCACCGCUCAAUCAAGCAAGUGAUGAUGUUGUCCAAGGGCCAAUUAAUGGAAGCCCUGCAAGAGGAAAUGCUCAGUAUAAAUUCUUUUUCAAUAUUGGUAGUGUCGAAUCUUUUGAGGAAAAGUUGGAAGAAGCUCAAGAAGUAUUAGGGAUCGACCCUCACAACUAUGUUCCUGUUACAUAUGUCUCUGAAAUGGUCUGGUACCAAGAAUUGAUGAGAUUUGCACCCACACUUGCGCUUUUGGGGGCCCUCUGGUACAUGGGGCGGCGGAUGCAAAGUGGAUUAGGUGUUGGUGGUACGGGUGGAAGGGGCGGUCGUGGAAUAUUCAACAUAGGAAAAGCCCAUAUUACGAAAGUGGAUAAGAAUGCUAAGAAUAAGGUCUUUUUCAAAGAUGUUGCUGGAUGUGAUGAAGCAAAGCAAGAAAUCAUGGAAUUUGUGCACUUCCUCAAGAAUCCUAAAAAAUAUGAAGAGUUGGGAGCAAAAAUUCCAAAAGGUGCUCUUUUGGUGGGCCCUCCAGGCACGGGGAAGACCCUUCUAGCAAAAGCAACUGCAGGAGAAUCUGCCGUGCCUUUCUUAUCCAUAUCUGGUUCAGAUUUUAUGGAGAUGUUUGUUGGUGUUGGACCAUCCAGGGUGAGAAACUUGUUUCAGGAAGCAAGGCAGUGUGCACCUAGUAUAAUAUUUAUUGAUGAGAUUGAUGCAAUUGGUCGAGCAAGAGGACGUGGAGGCUUCUCAGGUUCCAAUGAUGAGCGUGAAAGUACUCUUAAUCAGUUGCUUGUAGAGAUGGAUGGAUUUGGAACCACUGCUGGAGUAGUUGUGCUUGCUGGCACUAAUCGACCUGAUAUUUUAGACAAAGCUCUGUUGAGGCCUGGUAGAUUUGAUCGCCAAAUUACUAUUGAUAAACCUGAUAUUAAAGGACGUGAUCAGAUAUUUAAGAUCUACCUGAAAAAGAUCAAACUUGAUCGCGAGCCGUCAUAUUACUCUCAAAGGCUUGCGGCCCUCACUCCUGGAUUUGCAGGAGCAGACAUUGCAAAUGUUUGUAAUGAAGCUGCUUUAAUCGCUGCAAGGAAUGAAGGAACACAGGUCACAAUGGAUCAUUUUGAGGCAGCUAUAGAUAGGAUAAUUGGUGGUCUGGAGAAGAAGAAUAAGGUGAUAAGCCAGCUGGAAAGACGGACUGUUGCUUACCAUGAAUCAGGUCAUGCUGUUGCUGGUUGGUUCUUGGAACAUGCGGAACCCUUGUUGAAAGUGACUAUUGUUCCUCGUGGUACAGCAGCACUUGGUUUUGCCCAGUAUGUUCCUAAUGAAAACCUUCUCAUGACCAAGGAGCAGCUUUUUGACAUGACAUGUAUGACCCUUGGUGGUCGAGCAGCUGAACAGGUUUUGAUUGGUAGAAUAUCGACAGGAGCCCAAAAUGAUCUGGAGAAGGUAACAAAGAUGACAUAUGCUCAGGUCGCAGUCUAUGGUUUUAGUGACAAGGUGGGCCUCCUCUCUUUCCCUCAACGGGAAGAUGGAUUUGAGAUGACCAAGCCCUACAGCAGCAAGACUGGGGCAAUCAUUGACACGGAAGUGCGAGAAUGGGUUGGUAAGGCUUAUGAACGCACUCUUCAGCUGAUAGAGGAGCACAAAGAACAAGUAGCUCAGAUUGCUGAGCUGUUACUUGAAAAGGAAGUUCUUCACCAAGAUGACUUGACCAGAGUUUUGGGAGAGAGACCAUUCAAAUCACUUGAACCCUCAAACUAUGACAGAUUUAAGCAAGGGUUUGAAGAGGAAAAUGAUAAGAGUGGGAUAACUCAAGACAGCAGCAGAACUGAGCCAGAGAAUGGUGCACCACCUCUGGAACCAGAGGUCGUCCCCGCAUGAUAACUUUGGACAUUCUUUGUGCUUGUACAUGAAUAAAUUAAGCUGUUUACAUGAAUUAUAAUAUUGUACAACUGUCAUUUCUGAUUAUAGCAGCAUUAUCUCUUUGGAGAACUCUCUCCAAAUUUUCUUCAAGGAGACCAGGUUAUGGCUGUUUCAGAUGAUAUCCUUGUAGAUUGAAGUGUAGCAUGGUGGUGAAAUGUUUUUAGUUAAGCCAUCAGUAAGUAAACUUGUUGAUUCUCCUUGGUAA